CACACACACACACCCUCUGUGCUCAAACACAGACAGAGGCUGUUAAGCUGCAUGUACACUGAUGCCCUUCUCCUGCCAGGCUGCAUGAACACUGGUGCCCUUCUCCUCAAUACCCUGCAACUGACAGCACAACCAGUCCCUUCAACAGAUUUUUGACUGAGAGCACAACAAGGAUAUCUCCAUCUCUGCUCUAGUAGGGAAUCAAUAACUGUGAUUUCUUUAUUACUGCACUAGGAUUGGAGACUGGACUCAUCUCUAUUUUGAACCAGACCCACAGCUAAGGAAUAUCCAUCUCUGCCCUUGAACUAGAAUGUGGACCCUAAACUGGGGCAUAUCCAUCAGUACCCCAGCUAGGUCUCCCCUGUCAGUAGUGUAACUAAAGCUUCCUUUCACUGCCGUGCUCUGAGCCAACAUAUCUUCAUCACUUUCAUAGGCUACAGCCUGAGCCCCAUAGGGUAUCCUCAUCUUGUAGUGUGACGCACAGAAGGUGCAGUCUCAGUUCCUCCUCACCAUUACCCUGGCACCGGAUCACUAGCUAGGGUGGCCUCACAAUCACACUUUUAUUUCUUUAUCAAUUUUCCUUUGACUGGACCUAGAGCUAAAACACCUUAAUCCUUGAUAUAGGACCCAGAGCUUGUACCUACUACAAAGUGCCCUUCACUACAGAGGGGCAUCAAGUGCAGUAUCCUGGGACUGGAUUCAUCAUUGAGGUAUCUUCAGCACUAACUUGGGACUGGAUUCAUAAAUGGGGUAUCUUCAGCACUACCCUAGGACUGGAUUAAUAAGUGGGGCAUUUACAGUAAGUGCUCAGGCAGCUGGUACACACUACAACUUGCUGUUCUAGGGCAUCUAGAAGAAACGGGUUACAACUACAGCUGGGUUUGUUUUCUUGGAACUGGACUUGGAGCUGACACAUCUUUAUUACUGUUCUGGACUUGGGCCAAAUGCUAACACACGGCUGUCAAUACCCUGGGUUUCUUUAUUAAUCCCACAGGAGUCUCCCUCACCCAGGACACCCAAACCUCAGCACUGGGAUUAGACUCACAUCCAGGUCGUCCCAGUGCCCAUGGAAUGCACUUUAUAAUACCCUGAAGGUAUUGGUUCCAGGGGAUAACAAGCACAAGGGUCCCUACACUGCAAGAAGUACUGAUCAUGAUCAGUAGAUAGCAUUGUACAAGAUGACCAUGGCUCCCCGGAAAAGGAGUCGUCAUGCGUUGGGGUUCCUGUGCUGCUUCGGAAGCAGCGAACACCCUGAAAUCAACCUUAAGGAUAACAGCCCUCUGCAGUUCCUGGAGUUCACAGGGCCCAUGCCCUCAGCAGAAGAGCUCAAUGCCAGGUUCUCCGAGCUGGUGGAUGAGUUGGAUCUCACAGACAAGAACAGAGAAGCUAUGUUUGCACUUCCUCCAGAGAAGAAAUGGCAGAUCUACUGUAGCAAGAAAAAGGAACAGGAAGACCCGAACAAACUGGCUACAAGCUGGCCGGAUUAUUACAUUGACCGGAUCAACUCGAUGGCAGCAAUGCAGACGCUAUAUGCCUUCGAUGAAGAAGAUACACAGAUGAGGAAUAAAAUAGUAGAAGACUUGAAGACAGCACUGCGCACUCAGCCAAUGAGGUUUGUGACCAGGUUCAUUGAGCUGGAUGGUUUAACUUGCUUGCUGAACUUCCUCAAGAGCAUGGACUAUGAAACAUCGGAGAGCCGCAUACAUACAUCCGUUAUAGGAUGCAUCAAGGCCCUGAUGAACAACUCCCAAGGGAGGGCGCAUGUCCUGGCUCAUCCUGAGAGCAUUAACAUUAUCUCCCAGAGCUUACGGACUGAGAACAUUAAAACCAAGAUUGCAGUCUUAGAGAUACUUGGAGCUGUCUGUCUGGUCCCAGAUGGCCACAAGAAGGUUCUACAGGCCAUGCUUCAUUAUCAAGUGUUUGCUGCUGAGCGAACACGAUUCCAGACACUGCUGAAUGAAUUAGACAGAAGUAUGGGAAGAUACCGUGAUGAAGUGAAUCUGAAAACCGCUAUAAUGUCCUUUAUUAAUGCCGUCCUGAAUGCUGGUGCUGGAGAGGAUAAUUUGGAAUUCCGAUUACACCUGCGUUACGAGUUUCUGUUGCUCGGUAUCCAGCCAGUGAUUGAAAAGCUAAGAAAACAUGAAAAUGCAACCUUGGACAGGCACUUGGAUUUCUUUGAAAUGGUCAGAAAUGAAGAUGAAUUGGAGCUGGCAAAGAGGUUUGAGAUGAGUCACAUAGACACAAAAAGCGCCUCUCAGAUGUUUGAACUGAUUAAGAAGAAACUGAAGCACACAGAUGGCUACCCGUACCUACUCUCUAUCCUUCAGCACUGUUUGCAGAUGCCAUAUAAGAGGAAUGGAGGGGACUUCCAACAAUGGCAGCUGCUAGACAGGAUUCUGCAGCAGAUUGUUCUGCAGGAUGAAAAGGGAGAUGACCCAGAUGUGGCACCACUGGAAAACUUCAACGUGAAGAAUAUUAUUAAAAUGUUAGUAAAUGAAAAUGAGGUGAAACUGUGGCGAGAACAAGCAGAGAAAUUCAGAAAAGAGCAUACGGAACUCUCCUGUCGAUUGGAGAAGAAAGAAAGAGAAUGUGAGACAAAGACACAAGAAAAGGAAGAAAUGAUGAAGACCUUAAAUAAAAUGAAGGACAAGCUGCAAAAAGAAUCAGCAGAACUUCGCCAGGCCCGGGAUCAGAUGGUGGACUUGAUGUCCCAGUUAAAUGAGCUCACGAAUGGUGGAACAAUAUCCUUCCCACCUCCCCCUCCCCCGCCUCCAGGAGGUCCCUUGGUUCUUCCAUCACUUUCUGAGAGUUUACCACCCCCACCCCCUCCCCAACCCUUCUCCUGCUUUCCUCCGCCACCUCCUCCUCCACCACCCCCGGGAGGACCACCACCCCCACCUGGGGCACCUCCUUUCUUCAGCAUGGGCAUCCAGGCACCUCCACUCAACUCUUUUAGCUGUGGCACAAAUUUGAGAAAGAAGUCAAUUCCUCAGCCAUCAAAUCCUUUGAAGUCCUUCAACUGGUCCAAACUAAAUGAGGACAAAAUCAAUGGAACUAUCUGGAAUGACAUUGAUGAUGUUCGUGCUUUCAAGAUGUUAGACCUGGAUGAGUUUGAAAGAAUGUUCUCUGCAUAUCAGCGGCACCAGGAUCUGCUAACUAACACUUCUCUGAAGCAGAAAGACAUGGAUUCCAUGGAAGACCUGUACUUGUCCACACGCAAAGUCAAAGAGCUCUCGGUAAUUGAUGGGCGUAGGGCUCAGAACUGUGUCAUUCUGCUCUCUAAGCUGAAAUUGUCCAAUGAAGAAAUCAAGAAAGCAAUUAUGGAAAUGGAUGAGCAGGAGGAUCUCCCCCGAGAUAUGUUGGAGCAGCUCUUGAAAUUUAUUCCUGAAAAGAGUGAUAUUGAUCUUCUAGAGGAGCACAAGCACGAGAUUGACCGCAUGGCGAGAGCUGACCGUUUCCUGUUUGAGAUGAGCAGAAUCGAUCACUACCAGCAUCGGCUACAGGCUUUGUUUUUCAAGAAGAAGUUUCCUGAAAGAAUCGCUGAGACCAAACCCAAGGUUGAAGCCCUGCUUAUGGCCUGCAAGGAGCUGACGCGGAGCAAGCGCUUAAAACAGCUGCUAGAAGUGGUCUUAGCGUUUGGAAAUUACAUGAACAAAGGUCAACGGGGAAAUGCAUUUGGAUUUAAAGUUUCAAGCUUAAAUAAAAUAAUAGAUACUAAAUCCAGCAUAGACAGGAAUAUCACGCUGCUGCAUUAUUUAAUUAUGAUAUUUGAGAAGACCUACCCUGAUAUACUAAACAUUCAGAGCGAGCUGGAGCAUCUCACAGAGGCAGCCAAAGUCAAUUUGGCCGAACUAGAAAAGGAAGUGAACAACAUCAAGAAUGGACUAAAAGCUGUGGAGUCUGAACUUGAAUAUCAGAAAAGACAAUACAGAGAAUCAGGUGAUCGUUUUGUUCCCGUCAUGAGUGACUUCAUUACAGUGGCCAGCUUCAGCUUCUCAGAACUGGAAGACCUGCUGAGCGAGGCCAGAGAUAAGUACGCCAAGGCAAUGAAGCAUUUCGGAGAAGCUGAGGGCAAAAUGCAGCCAGAUGAGUUUUUUGGCAUCUUUGACACCUUUGUGCAGUCGUUUGUAGAAGCAAAGCAAGACCUGGAGAAUAUGAGGAAGAAAAAAGAGGAAGAGGAGCGAAGGGCUCGUAUGGAGGCUAUGCUCAAGGAUCAACGUGAGAAAGAACGAAGGCUUAAAAAGGCAAAAGCUGGAAGCAUAUCCGAAGAGGGUGGAGAGUUUGAUGACUUGGUAUCAGCAUUGAGAUCUGGUGAAGUCUUUGACAAGGAUUUAUCCAAACUCAAAAGGAACCGCAAACGCUCAGGGAACCAAAUUUUGGACACUAGCAGAGAGAGAGCAGUUACCAAGCUAAAUUAUUAAGGGAAUAUAUAGAUAUAUAUAUAUAAAUAAUCCAAAAUAACGUGUAAGAAUAGCUGGCGGUGGAUGAUUCCUUCUCCCAUUAAAAGGAUCAAUUCUGUUAAGGAACAAAAAACUUUACCUGCUUUCCUUGAUAGGUCACAAAGAAACAUUUAGAAGUGCCUCAGUGGAGCAAUUAAAUUCCGGAAAAAUGAGUAAAGUUAGUGUCCAAAAUGGUGUUAGAUGAUUUGCAGCAGAACAUAUGGUAAGCCACAACAACCAUGAGUACUGUUUGCUGCAGUCAUAUAUUAUUAGUGCCAAAUAUAUAUAUAUUUUUUUGCACAAUCCAACAUUUCGAAAGUAAAUUGACUUUGUAAGUUUUAUUAUAUAUGGGCUAGUUUACCAGAUUCCCAAAAGAAAACAGACUCUAUAGCCUGGAAUAUGAGUAAAACAGCUUUGUAGGCCAGUUUUUGUGGUCAAACACCAAGGUAAGGAAGCCUACAGAAUGGUGAAGGAUAUGAGUUGUAUCAUAGAAUUCCAAAAAGAAGUAUGGUUUAUCCUUCACUUAAACCUGUACCCAUAAAUAAAAGGGAGAAAAAAACAUUAUAAAUAAUAUUCCUACAUCUUAAGCAAUUCACAAUUAUCUGUAUCACUGCAGAUAGUUUUGUUUUUUACUUAUACAAAUACAAGAAAACACACACACAAGUCAUGAGAGUCCAAACACACUUGUGCACACAAACGUACCAAAAAAGACACACAAACUAAUUCCAAGACUCCCCUCAAACUUCUGAUAAGCCAACAAAAUCAAACAAACAUUGUACAACUGCAAAACUAUGCACUUUUUAUCUUACAAGUUUGGCUGGUAAUAUCCUUCCAAGACAUAGCCAACUUGCAAACUUACUAGCAGGCUAUACAUACUUUUAUUUCAAAAGCACAAGAUGUAACCACUCAAAAAUAUCUGCAACAUCAAAUUCUGAAGUCUGUUGUGUUCAGAGAUGUAUUUUGAAUUCAGUGAGGACUGUUAAAAUGUUACUUCCCUUUCAAGCACAUUUUCUAGAACUUGUAUAGCAGAAAUACAAGUAGAGCAACAAGACAUUUAUCUAAGAGACCAUUGAGAAGGACCAUUUUCCAGUAGAAAAAAAGACAUUUGUUCCUACCAAUGGAAUUCAGUUGCUUCAUUUGUGAGAUCCGCAGGGAACAUACAGUGGUUUUGAAAAAUCAUUGUACAGUUUGAAAAUAUCCACAGUAAAAGAUCUGAGCUCCAACCUAGCAUGACCUGGACAGUGUGGUAUUGUCAGAUGUUUUCUGGCAGUGAACUCUACAUAAUUACCCAUCCUGGUGUCUGUUAAAUCGAAGGAUGGUCUGCUGCCAUGUUUAUAUGCUAAUGCCCACCAAUGACAUUACUGGAAUGAACUAGAGCACUUAACACUGGGAUCUUCUUGCGCUGAAAUGACACGGUACAAAAUGUGGCAAUAAUAUAUGUAUAGGCAAAAAUGAUUUCAGUGCUGAUGUAAGUUUUUUUUUUUUCUCUGGGUCUAAAAACAAAUGUGUAAUAUUAAGAAAACAAUAUGAAGAAUUUUUAAUCUUAAGUAGAAUUGUAUUCAACAAUGCUUUAAAAUUUAUUUUAUACACGUAAAGAUAUGCAAUAGCAUAAAGCCAUAAAAAAAAGACCAUUAUUUUUGUAUAUCUGGACGCACGUGCGUAACUAUAGGAACUGUCCUUCAGACACCUACAUAAGUAGGGAAUAGCUUUGCCCUUCCAUAUGAAGAUGCCAAUUCAUAAAUAUGUCAAUUCCCUAACUAAUUAAUAGUGACAUAAAAGGAUCUGUAAAGGUAAAAAAAAAAAAUUAAACCAAAAGAAAAAAAAAAAAUAGGUGAAAAAUCCUUUUAGUUGCGGUGUCACAUCUGGAGCUGAGAUGCUAAAACAUUCACAAGACAUCCAGGAGUAUUUCUCACCAUUUAGACUGUAACACUGAAGAAGGCACUAGCAGGAGUCUGAAACAUUAGUGUUUUGUAAUUAUUAACAUUGUAUAUUAAAGGAACUUUCAUGAUUUAGCCAGAGCAAGCAGUUUGAAAAAAAAAAUCAACGUUUCCUCUAUGAUCAAAUUUGUUUUAAUCUCUUCGCAUUCUUUGUUGAAGAGCAUAGACUCAGGAGGGUGCAUGUUUCAGAAUAACAAUAUGGCAACAGUUUUGCAACAAUGCUUGUAAUAAUGUUAUACAUUUGUUGCAAAUACUGCUGCCACCUAGUGCUCAAAAGUGCACAAUUUCACUACAGCAUUUUAUUUUGAAAAAGUUAUGGAUUUUUUUGUAUGUUAAUCUCCAUCACAAUGGUUAAAUGGUUAAGGUUGCAUUCCUAGGAAACGCACACUCUGUAGCAUACGCAUGUAUUCCUGGGUCCCAUUUGCUCAUCAGCUGCAUCCUCAUCUGGAGUGGCACAAUAGAAUAAAUCUAAUUAUGUACCUAACCCAUUUCAUGUAAAGUAAAAUAUCAUUUAUUUUUUAUUUUUUUGUAAACAUUACACUAAUAUCCCUUUAAAUUAGAGAUGUGGGAACCUUGGCACUCCUGAUGUUUCAGAACUACAUUACCCAUGAUGCUUAGGCACUCUAAAGUUCAGCUAAGGAUCAUGGGAAAUGUAGUUCUUAAACAUCUGGAGGGCCAAGGUUCCCCAUCCCUGUUUUAAAUGCUGUAAAAACAUUAAUUCACCAAGCUGGGAUUAACAUAGCAUGAUUUAGCUUUUUAAAAGGUAUACAGAGUUCAAAAACUUCAUGCUGUAAAAAUAUUAAUAAUAUGACACCUAGUAUAUCACACCUGGUGAAACCUUAGUGUGCACAUUGAUCAAAUCAGAAAUAUCUCAUUCCAUUGUAAAAGCAAAUUAUCAGUUUUUUUGUUUUUAUUUCCUUGAGACUCAAUAGUUAAGGAAGUGUAUAUAUUAUUUAUCAAAACGUAUUAAAUAAAAGAUAGGUUAAAAAAAAAAGGAUGGCAUUUAUUGGAGCACAAUUCCAUAUGAUGCAUGCUUUGAACCUAACUACAGUGUCCGAGUUUUGUUAAGAUUUAGGGCGAUGAUUUAAAGCUCCAGUGAGAUUAUCUAAAUAGUUUCGUCAGUUCUGCAAAUUUUAGUUUUAGGGCUUUUAAUCUCACUAUGAGAGUUCUGGCUGUGGGGGAGACGCCUACAUGACAAUAUAAUCAUAAAGAAAGCCCACAAAGAUUUUGUAUGGUUUGCCUCCAUGUUGGCGAAUUUUUGUUCAGGCUGUGGUUCACAACGCAAGGAAGUCUCUAAACUACUGAAAGAACAAACAUUACUUUUAAAGGUCGUACCAAGUUGCUUGUGCCAAUGAAGAGUUUCCCCAUGAGUUUAAUAGGACCGCAUGAUCUUGAUAAACCAGGAUGCAUUUAGAGUACUUUUAAUCUAUACAGCAGUGAAAAUGAUAAAACCAAUAGAACACUAAAAAGACCAUUUACUAUUCUCAUCCAGAAUCCAUAAAGAUAACAAUAAGAAAAAAUGAAAUGCAUGUUUCUACGCGAAAGCUGCGAGUUUGGGCUUUUCUCAAAAGUCAUUUUGUGUUUUGCUAUUUGGAAAAAUUGUUGCAUUACUUUGUUUGUAGGAGCACAAUUUGUAUUAUGUUGAUACAAGACAAAGACAUCUGGGCUAUUGUUGCACAUCCUUAAAGGGACAUUAAACACUUUGAGAUGGUAAUAUAAAAUGAUAAAUUGUAUAUAACAAAACAACUCUGCAAUAUACUUUCAUUAUUUAUUUUGUCCUCUUUGUCUGUAAUUCCAUUCUGAAAUUGUGAGCUUUUCAGUUCCUGUUAGAAAUGGAAGUGCAGAACACUGUUAAAUCCAGCACAACCAUUGGCUGCACACUCUAAUGACCUAUGUGUAACUGACCCUAAUUGGCCACAGCAGAGAAGGUAACACAAGUUACAACAUGGCAGCUCCCAGUGUUUUAUAGACACUAAAACUUUACACUUAUUUUGUCACUUUUUAAACAACUAAUGAAACUUUAAAAAAUGCAUCUACAUGUUAGUCAUGGACUAAUCUUUUCUUUGAAUGCAUCAUUCUAUCUAGCAUGUAUUUAGUGUUUAAUGUCCCUUUAAGAAUCUCUGUACUUGUUGAGAAAUGAGUUAUUGUUGCACUUUAUGGGCUGCAUGUAGGAUUGAUGGUUGGAUGAAACGUGUAUAAUGAACAGCAGACAAUAAUAGGCGCAGAAUAGAAUGAGAGAUACGUAGAUUUAUCGGAAGGUUACGAGAGAUUUUAUUGUCCAAAGGCAAAUUUGAUGGUUUGUAGAAUGUGAUCAUGUUUAUUGUGCCAAACUAUAUUCUAUAUCAGUGAUGGGCUUGAAAUAGGGGCCACAGAUCAAUAUUUCAGAAGCCUUAAGGGUCACAUAUAAAUGUAUGGAUAUUAAACACAUACAUAUUAAUAUAUUUCCUAACACUGUCCAGUGGCACAUGGUAAGAUUUAGUUAAGGUUGCAGUUUGCCCUCUGUCUGACUCCAAAGGGACCUUUGUUCUGGCCACUUUGUUUGCCAAUCUACCAGAAGCCUGCAAAGCACACAUUCUUAGUUCUGCUUUUUCCUAGGGGCCACUACUAAAGAGGUCUGCAAGUGGUCCAAGGGCUGCCCUUUGGCCCCAACUCUUCUAAAAAGCUUUUCUUUAACUCUUUCAUGACUUGUAAGUGCUAGGAUACGAGAAGUGAGCACACAAUAAACAAGUGACACAAAAUCAUCUUGUAAUCUGUUUCAGUUUCAUGCUAGUGCCAAGUUACAAACAUAACCAAUGACGUAUGAAGCCACACUGUAAGGUUUUUCUUUUAUUUGAAGUCAGAUGUGAAAGAAAUGUCUAAACUCAAAAGACAUGAAUAUAUUUCACCAAAAAGAAGCUGGUACAAAAAAGGGGAAAUUAAUGGAUAUUUUAAAAGGACAAAACUUCUAUUUUGCAUUAAAUUUGCACUUUUUAAAGCUUCUCACAGAUAUCAUUAAAGGGAUAGUAAAGUCCAAAUUAAACUUUUAUGAUUCAGAUAAGGCAUGUGAUUUUAUACAACUUUCUAAUUUACUUUAAUCAUCAAAUUUGAUUUGUUCUCUUGUUAUUCUUAGUUGAAAGCUAAACCUAGGUAGGCUCAUAUGCUAAUUUCUAAGCCCUUGAAGGCCGCCUCUCAUCUAAAUGCAUUUGACAGUUUUUCACAUCUAGAGGGCGUUAGUUAAUGUGUUUCAUAUAGAUAACACUGUGCUCAUUCACGAGAAGUUAUUUAAAGGGACAUUCCGGUCAAAAUUUAAAUGCACUUAGAUGAAUUACAUCUUUGAAUAGAAACAAAUUUGCAAUAUAGAUGUAUUGGCAAAAAUUAUUCUAGUAAAAGUUAUCACUGUUUUAGUGUUAACAUUUUUCUCUGCAUGUGCACGUGAAGUAUAAAUAGAUAUUCUCACAGCUCCGGCAAUUUAAAAUACUGCAGCUGUUUAGAUCAUCAGUGGGGCUUGUAUCAUGUCAGCACUUAACAAAUUGAGUCAUUACCAGAUGUUAAAAGCACCGUAGGCUCUCUCAGCAAGUGCUGUGUUUAAAAUGCUGGUGCACGGUGCAUACUUAAAUACACUUUUGAAACAGCUAUAGCUUUUAUUAGAAGCAUUUUUGCUAAUGCAUGUAUAUUAAAAAAAUGCUUCUAUUCAAAACUACAAUAAAUCCAUGUAAAGUAAAUUUUUGGCUGGAAUGUCCCUUUAAGAGUCUGCACUAAUUCCCUAAAAUGCCAGUCUGUCAAAAGAUCUGAGAUAAGAAGGCAGUCAGCAGAAGCUUAGAUACAAGAUAAUUACAGAGGUAAAAAGUAAAUUUCUAUAACAGUGCUGGUUAUGCAAAACUGGGAAAUGGUAAAUAAAGGGAUUAUCUAUCUUUUUAAACAACAUCAUUUUGGAGUUUACUAUCCCUUUAAGGCAUAUGUCAGUAUUAUUAAAAGGGAAGUUACGUAUUUUGCUAAUAGCAAGGGUAUUUUUGUACAGUAUGGUAUGUUAUAUACAUUAAACCCUAACAGGGAUAUAGCCAGCCAAUCUAAUAUCAUGCUACUUACAAAAAAUCAGUGUUUCAGCUACAAGUUUGGAUAACCAGGAUGAAUAAACAACACAAAAUACAACCGUUUUAACCAGGACUAGAAAUACUUUAUUGGUAUAAUGUUUGGCAUGUCCUCAUAUGUUUUAAAAACUAUAUAUAAAUGAAUUAAAUUAAAUUUGUAGUGUUCUUUUUAUUAGCACAUUUUUUAUUAGAAUAUACUGUCUUACUAAGAAAAAAAUUAAACAUAUAUAUUUCCCUCA